AUGGCAUCGCUUUAUGCGUGUUCAAUAAGUGGUGAAUUGGCUGAAGUUCCGGUCGUCUCGCCUGUCUCGGGUCGAAUUUUUGAAAAGCGCCUCAUAAUGAAAUAUAUCGCGGAAAAUGGAACCGAUCCAACGAAUCAUGAAAAACUUAGCGCGGAUCAAUUGAUUGAAUUGCAAGUUGAUGGAGGAAACGCUAUGCCACGUACAGUUGCCGCAACAUCCAUUCCGUCGAUGCUAAAAAUGCUACAAGAUGAAUGGGAUGCUUGUAUGUUAAAUAGCUUUGUUCUACGUGAGCAACUGCAAACAGCGCGUCAAGAAUUAUCUCAUACGCUUUAUCAGCACGAUGCUGCUUGUCGAGUUAUUGCACGAUUGUCGAAAGAAUUGAAUGCUGCACGAGAGGCAUUGUCAACAUUGAAACCACAUGCAACGGUUGACAAUUUGCUGGUUUCUGACGAAAUGAUGGAAACUGUGGAUGAAGGCAUAUCUGGUAUUAGUGAAGCAGUGCUUAAGAAAUUACAAGAGAAAUCGGCCACAUUGACUGCUGCAAGAAAGCAGCGUGGCAAGAGUUUGCCAGAAGCUUUGGCUAAACCGGAUGCAAUCAAAGCCUUCACGCAAAUUGCGUUCCACACUGGUAUACAUAGUGCUAGUGUACCUGGUGUUACUGCUCUUGAUGUUCAGGGUGAUAUGGUUUUGACUGGUGGAGCUGAUAAAACUGUCGUUUUAUUCAAUAGUGAGACUGAGACUGUACAAACGACUUUCAAAGGUCAUCAAAAAAAAAUUGCUGCUGUUAUUCUUCACCCCACUGAACAAAUCAGUCUCUCUGCCUCACACGAUUCUCAGGUCAGAAUAUGGGCAAACAAAGAGGAACAUUGUAAACAUGUUAUAGAUACUCAUGAAGCUGCCGUAACAGAUAUUUCUUUGCAUGCAACUGGCGAUUAUGUUUUAUCUGUUUCAAAUGAUUCACAUUGGGCACUUUCAGAUAUUCAUGUUGGCAAAACUCUUUGCAAGAUACAAUUAGAAGAAAAAAAUGGUGUGGCUAUAUGUUGCGGACAAUUCCAUCCCGACGGAUUGAUCUUUGGCAUUGGUACCGCUGAUUCAAUCGUUAAAAUCUGGGAUUUGAAAGAGCAGACUAAUGUUGCCAAUUUCCCUGGGCAUCAAGGAGCUGUUAGAGCAAUUUCUUUCUCUGAGAACGGUUAUUAUCUAGCUACUGGUGCUGAAGAUGGUGAAGUGAAAUUAUGGGAUUUACGAAAACUGAAGAGCUUUAAAACAUUGUCGAUCAAUGAUGGAAAAUAUCCAUUCCUCAUAGUUAUCGGAAAUUAUUUUGCUGGCGCGGAUGUUCAAAUAAUUCACGUUAAGCCUUGGAUAAUACUCAAUAAACUAGAGAAUCAUAAAGAAUCUGUGACUUGCGUCCGAUUUGGUCUUAAUGCUCAUUCGAUUUUCUCCACUGGUAUGGACCGAUCUCUCCGUGUAUAUUCAGCUUAA